CCUCUAAGCUCUCUCUCUCUCUCUCUCUCUCUCUCUCUACACACACCCCACCCCUCCCCCCAACAAAACACAUACAUUCCUCAACUCUCUCUCUCACGCAGGCGCACACACACAUCCACCCCAACAAGCACACACAUUCCUCUAAGCUCUCUCUCUCUCGCGCGCACGCACACACACCCACCCACCCACCCCAACAAGAACACAUAUUCCUCUAAGCUCUCUCUCUCUCUCUCUCUCUCUCUCAUUCCUGUAUCUGUCUCUCUAUUUUCACACACAAAUUUGCUACACACACCUUCCUCUAAGCUAAGUUUAGAGUUAGACAGUCUCUCUCUCCAUAAAAUGUACUAUACUCAAAUUCUCCUCUUCAUCCUCCUCUUCUCCAUUUCAUUUAACAACCACCAUAUCCAUGCUCGGCCUCCACCGGUAUUUGGUGAAAACCGGCCAGAAGACGCAACAAUUCACCAUCUCCUAGGAAAGAACCUGCCGGUAAACCAAACAAUUCAGGAUCUCCUAGAAAAGAAGCUGCCGCAAAACCAAACAUUAUACACUUUCUCCGGCGGAUUUUGUUGGAAUUGCUUCACAGAUGCACUGCAGUUCUUGUUCGCCCACAACUGGGCUCGAGCCCAGCACCUGGAAAUCCCUCUAGUUUGGGACAUAGAGGUCGAAAAAUACGCAAAAUGGUGGGCGAACCAGAGGAAAUCAGACUGCAAGUUGCAGCAUUCAUUCCCUGAAGGCGAUUUCAAGCUUGGAGAGAACAUAUUUUGGGGCAGCGGCUCAGUGUGGUCUCCAAUUGAUGCAGUUAAGGCUUGGGUUGAUGAAGAAAAAUAUUAUUCAUAUCGAAGCAAUUCUUGCGUUGGGGACCAAAUGUGCGGCCACUAUACCCAAGUAGUGUGGAAGAACACUAGAAGGAUUGGGUGUGCUAGGGUUGUAUGUGACACAGGGGAUGUGUUCAUGACUUGUAACUAUGAUCCCCCAGGGAAUUACUUGGGUGAAAGGCCAUACUAGGCUUUUGGGUUUAGAGAAUUUGGAAUUAAUGUAAUAUUUACAUGGUAAUGUAAUAUGUGUGCACUUAUGUAAAGUCUGUUUGUGUAUGUCUGAGGAUAUUCUUCUACAA